AUGUCUUGUCCUUGUUGCAACCAACCAGUGGCCAGUGGUGAUGAGCACAUUGUGAUCCCAGUUGCUUCAGAUUUGGAAGAUGAAUGGCUAGAAUCCAUUAUGAGUGAAGGAGAGUCCUCAUCCUCGCAUAAGAAGUUACCCAAGGUCCCCGAGAUGCUUCAGCAGAUGGAAUCCAUCAAGAAAUGCUACAAACCAGAGGUGGUUUCUAUCGGUCCCUACCACCAUAACAAAGCCAAGCUCAAAUCAUUUGAGAAACUAAAAAUUCGAUUCACAAAAGAGUAUGUCAAUAGUUAUAAGCCAGAAUCCUCGGCAACUGCGCUAUAUAAGCAGGUUGCAGUUGUGGCUGGUGAGGCAAGAAACUGCUAUGCUGAGGACGCGACAAAAAGCUUCAAUGACAGAGACUUCACGCGGAUGAUGUUCCUUGAUGGUUGCUUCGUCCUCCAAUAUAUUCACUACAAGAAUGACGAAGAAGAGGAAACCAAAAUGACGAUGAAGAAUCAUGAGAAAGCUUUCGUGCAACGUGACUUGUUCUUACUCGAGAAUCAGCUUCCUUUCAUAGUCCUCCAGGCACUGAUGACCAUGAACUCGGAAUUUGCUGGAAAGAAAGGCUUGGAGUUGAUUAACAAGUUCAUUCAAAACACAAGGCCAAGUCCUCCUCUUCAUAAUUCAUUUUGGGAAUUGGUGGAAAAUUGCAUUACUAGCAUUACCAACAGGUUACCCUUCCAAAAAAACAUUACCAACAGGCACAAAGAAAAAUCAAAAAAAUCAAAUUCACAAUUAGACAAACCCGCUCAUCUUCUAGAACUCAAGCACAAGCAACCUAUUGAACCCAAAGCUUUCAGAGCUGAGAAAGAAUGGAAUACUUCUAAAUACCUUGGUAGCGACGAAGAGGUGACUGGUCUUUUCAAUGAGAUAGCCAAGAACUUAGUGCCUAACCCUGUUGCCUAUAAAGAUGUUAGAGACCAAAUUGAAAACCACUAUAAGAACAAGUUUGGUUGUGGUUGUGGUUGUUCUCCAUUUGGAAAGGAAGUGGCAUUUGGUUUGUUGUGUUAA